AUGGGAAAGAUCCAAAAUCUCCGCCAGGAUCACCGGAUGCUCAAGAGUCUGGGCCUGUUCAAGAACGAGGCCAUGCGGAUGCCAGGAGACGAGAGUACUACCCAUCCUCCUGAAGGAUUCCGGUGUUUCCUUGGCAUCCACCUCCACUGGGGCCUGAGGAAACGCAUCUUCUACCUACACCGCAACAAUUCGAAGAACACCAUCUACAAUGUGGGUGGCGGUUGUAUCUGUGUUCGGCCGGAAGCCAGAUAUUUUGAUGUUAAAUUUGCCAACUCCGUCCAAGGCUGGCGCAAGAAAUGGCUAUAUGUCAAGGAUGAAUCUUCGGAUGCUCAGGAAUAUGGCCUUGCCCCUUUCGACCCAUCAGAAGAUAUCCAGAGGCGCAAAUCUUGGGACGCGGAGGCCAUAGCCGAAGAAAUAGCGGCCACCGAGUCCUUGAUUGCUCGUAUCCGCGCACUGCAAAACACUGAAGGGGAAGAAUUGUCGGAUUCUGAUAAGGUUUCCGAAGACCUUCCCUUGAAGGAUUUGGAAAGAAUCACCGCGCUCUUUCUUCUCUUCCUCCCCUUCCUGAAGGUGGAGAUGUGCCUGAGCGAGCCAUCAUUACUGAUGACUUGCAAGAGGCUUCUGUUAUCGAGAGCGAAGCCGCAGAUUCUGAAAAGGACGCGGGUUCCUCUCAUGAAAUAUCGGGAUAAGAACAAGUUUCUGUUUCCUCCCAAACAAACUCUUCUCCUCCUUCGGCUUAUCCAGAUAAGCAUAAGAGGGAAAAAAACUCUGACGAAGAAAAUUCCGGCGAGUCAAAACUGCCUCAACCGGCUGCUGAGGAAUCUACACCCGAGGAAUUUGAUCCUUUCGGCGCUGCUGCUGUCGGACGACGAAGAACUUCCAGAGGCUGAUGCUUUCGAGCCAGCUCCUACUAGCACAUCUCACAUGCUAGUUCUAUUCGAGGACCCGAAAGUUUCAGUGGAAGCUGCGAGUCCUCAGCCAAGCCCCCGAGCCCCAAAGAAGAAACCAAGAACUAGUGCUUCUCCUCGAGUGGUCGCUGCUUCCGGGAAUAUCCCUACUUCUAUUCUCAACGAUCCUUUGAUGAAGGAGAUGUCCGACAUGACCUCCCGUUUUAUCGGGUUUCGCGACGAGGCCGAAUCUCUAAGAAGAAAUCUGCACCUUCCGGAGGAUCGUGCCGCAGAACUUGAGAGAAAACUCCAAGACAACGAAGAAGCUCGGCUCAAUGCUGAGAAAAAGGCCGCAACUGUUGAUGAUCUUCGGGAGCGGCUCCAUGAAGCCGAAAAUGCUUUGAGUCAAAGAGAACAACAAAUCACCCAAAGGGAACAUGGUAUUGUUGCACGCCUGCAGACACAAUCUUCCAGAUUCUCAACAGAAAGAAUUGGUGAGAAGUAUAUCCUCAAUGAAGACAAAGAAGAGGACCCUCUCUUGGAAGACUUUCUUGUUGAUCUGGGAAUGGUCUUGUUGUGAGACUCCGCCGUAAUUAAGCGGGUUCAAGCAUGCGUAUGGUUACAUUUGGGCAACCCCUGCAGGGUGUACAUCUUAUCGAUAAGCCGUGUCCGCAGUUAUGGACGACUUGGAAUUGUAUAGCUUGAUCAUAGAACAACUUACACCUUUAUGGUGCUGCUAAUAAUUUGUUAAUAACUUGCGUAAUAAUUUAGCAUCACUACAACUGUUACCUAAUAAAACUUGUCAACCGUGUGAGUGCCCUUGUUACUACUUCUUCCUUUGCGAAGGGGGAACACAUCGGCUGGGUUAUGUUUGCAGAGUAUAGAACUGUUAGUGCGCUCUCUUAUCUAUUUCUAGCACCUGUAAGUUGUGAGUGUCUCUAUAGGUUUUUAGUGCUUGCGCGCUGCCGCUUAACCCCACCAUAUUGCUUAUGACGUUUCUCUUGCGUCCUCCAAGUCCCCUGUGUGCCUCAAGUACAAAGGAUGACUGGUUGACGAAUGAUAUACGUCUUGAAGUCUUGUUAAGUAUGAACCCGUACUUAUUGCUGCUUUGGGACAUAACCGGGCAGGUAUGAAGAUCGGUGCGAUGAAGAACGACGUUAGCAAGGUUACCCUUCCGGCUUGGACUGGGCAGGGUUAUGGACGCCACUGGUUAUCUUCAGGACUCUUAGUUCAAUUUGUAGCUUGUCCGUACUCGGACGCAUUAGACAUUUCUGUAUGAUUUGGAUCUUUGUAUUGCAUCUGUAUCUUGACUCGUUGGAGUCAUUGUUGUAAUAUAUCUGUUUCUUGUGGGCUCUAUUGUAA